GCCAAUCAGACCCGCCGCUGGUGAGCUUCCAGCCCGGCGCCACAUGACUAGUGACCCUGUAUGUCUUCCAGAAGGCGUGGCGCUUCACGAGCCACAAGAGCAGACUCGAGAAGUGCGUGUAUCGCUGCAUGCCGUUUGUUUCACCCCGCCUGGAUUCACGGUUGGUCCGGCCUCCACAAGCAACCAGUCAAGACUGAAGCACGUACACACAGCGCUCGUCGAAGCUGACGGGCCAAGAAGGAGCAAACAAAAGCAUCAUCACAAGCUGAUGAUUCACGAUUCACCCGAGGCCUCACUUCGUGGACCCACAAUUUGCCGCUGCAACAGUCGUGAAUGAGUCAGUGAAGUCAAGAGUGAGAGUAGUGCGUCUUUCGGCACAGACGCAUGUGUGAGGGAGAUUCUUCUGGG